UGAUAUAAUGUUAGUUUAUUAGUAUACUAACAUUAUACCCACAGUAUACACCGUAUGUUUGAUAUUAUUUUUUAUUUUUUUGUACUUUUGUAAAUAUUAUUAAUAUUUUUGUAAAUGAAAAAAGUCAACAUAUACUUUUGUAAUUAUUUUCAUUUUUUUUGGUAAAUGGUGUAAUUUCCUCAUGAUGAUUAUAUAGUUGAAUGGAAUCACAGGCACUACUCAUGUGUGACAGACGCUGCUCCAGGUACCGAUUUUGUGCUUCCGCCAAUGCCUCAAGAAGCUGCGUCUACCAUUCCACAGACGGCUGCCUGUGGAUCCUGUUCAGCUACGGCUGAGGCAUUGCAGACAGACACCUGCCUAGGCAGGCAGCCGACUAGGAAUGUAGCCCCUGAUGCUGAGACGCUAUCCAAUUCAGCUAUUUUAAGGGAUAAAGCCAGGAAACCAAGCCGCCAAAUUACUUCCAGCCAAGAGGGCGCCAGUGAUGAGGAUGAGUUAAAUGAUGAUGGCAUUCAAGGUAUGAGACAUGCAAAAUCUCCGAGUGGCGGCCGUAGAGGAGAUCAUGAGCGUGCAGGCUGUGAAUCACAUGUUUAUGCUUCAGUGUCAAUGCCAUCUACUACUAGUACUCAUGCAGAGCUUCAGUCUGUAGAUGGCAAAGCUAAUUCUGGAGAAAAGAAAGAUGAACCAAUGGAUGUUGAUGAUGAACAUGACAACCCGAAGAGCAGUCAAAGUGCAAAAUCGAUGCAGGUAGAGAAGAACAAUCAAAGUGCAAAGUUUUUUGAAAUAAUUGAGUUAAGCGACGAUGAGGAUCCAGAUAUGAAUACUCCAGCAAAGCAAGAUAAACCAAUGGAUGUUGGCAAUGAACAUGACAACCCGAAGAACGGUCAAAGUGCAACAUCGAUGCAGGUAAAGAAGAACAAUCAAAGUGCAAAGUUUUUGGAAAUAAUUGAAUUAAGCGAUGAUGAGGAUCAAGAUAUGAAUGCUCUAGCAAGCAAGCCAACAUCAGAAGACCUGGAAUCUCCUAUAUGGUACUGUUUGGGCCCCACGGGUCACAAGCUGGGGCCGUGCCCCAUGUCGGUGCUGAAAGUAUGGAAUGAUACAUGUGACGAUGACCUGGGGCUUAAAAUAUGGAGGAUUGACCAAAAUCCAGAAGAAGCGGUUUUUCUAACAGAUGCUAUUCGCGUAAAGAAACGCAAAAUUAACUAAAGGAACCGCCAAAAUGAUAGUUUUGGUGGCAGUAUUACUGCCUUGACUCCUUUUGCUCUUUAUCUAUAUAGAACGAUAAUGGAAAUGUUUCGGAUAGUUUUUAUUUGAAUAUAAUAUAAAUAUAUA